AUGUCGAAUUUGACAAAACUCGAGAUUACUGCCCUUGAUAUUUCUGGAAGAAAUUAUAUGAGAUGGGCAGUAGCUGCAAGGAUGCAUUUAAAAGAAAAUGAGCUCCUUGAUACCAUCGAUAAAACAAAAACAGUUUCUGAAGAGAAAAAGGCGAAAGCCAUGAUCUUUUUAUUCCACCAUAUCCAUGAUGGUUUAAAAGAUGAAUAUAUCACGAAAGAAGAUCCUGCAGAUCUUUGGCAAUCACUCCAAGAUAGGUUUGAUCACCAGAAAUAUGUGAUCUUACCAAAGGCUAGACAUGAGUGGUUGAAUCUCCGGUUCCAAGACUAUAAGAGCGUUAGUGAGUAUAACUCCGCUCUAUUUGGAAUCACUUCCAGGAUAAUGUUAUGUGGAGAAAAUAUAAGUGAUCAUGAUAUGAUUGAGAAAACUCUCUCAACAUUUCAUCCUGGAAACGUAGUCCUGCAGCAACAAUACCGGGCAAACGGAUACAAGAAGUAUUCGGAGUUAAUGCAAGUUCUCUUGGUGGCAGAACAAAAUAAUGAACUCGUGAUUUUAAACCAUCAAACUCGUCCAACUGGAUCAGCAUCAUUCCCAGAAGUGAAUGUUGCAUCGUCAAGCCAUGAAAAUUGGCAAAGUGGACGUGGACGUGGACGCGGUCGCGGAAAUGAUCGUGGUCGUGGACGAGGUUUUGGACGUGGUCGAGGUCGUGGACGAGGAAGAAGAUUCCGUCUUGCUGAUUUAAACGAUGGAAGAAAUAACAAAAAGUUCAAAGGUAAUGAAGUUGGUCACAAGCAACAUGAGAAUGCUUGCUACAGAUGCGGCAUGAAAGGACAUUGGGUUCGUACCUGUCGUACGCCAAAACAUUUAGCCGAUCUGUACCGAGAAUCGCAAAAGGCGAAAGGAAAAGAAAGUGAAACCAACUUCAUCCAUGGUGAAUCUAGUUUUUCUUUUGAUGGUAUAAACGAUGAUACAAAUCUCGAUAUAUCUGAUUUCAUCGUUGAUCCCGAAGAUAUCAACGAAAAACAAAACGAGUAA